AUGGAUAUUGCGCUGAGCUCACCGGUCAAUGUUCAACGCUCUCCCACCCUCACCUUUUCUCCGCGUUCAACUCCGUUCACUCUCGUAUCACCGACCGUUCCACAGCCAGAUAAUUCUACCCUCCCUCCACCCGCCGAGAACAUGUCAUCUACCGAGCGCUCUUCCCCAAUCACAGCUCCUGAAUCGCCCAUAAUGCCUGAGGCUACCUCCGCCUUAUCCGCCCUUCUAACCCCACCUUCGACUGAGACCACCGCCGAACUCAAUGAUCUUGAUUUAGAGAGCGCACGGAACGAGCUGGCUCGAAUACGCGACGAGCUUGCUCGAGAACGUGAGCAGCUCUCUCAGGUGCGUGCCCAGCUGCUGGAAGCUCAGGAGCGAGAUGCAGAAUUCAGAGCACGACCAGCCCAAGUGCUGGAUGGCCCGGAUAAUGACCCAGAAGCAACAAGUGGACAGGCAGAGGUGGAAAUCACUUCAACAGAGUCCCACAGCACAUCGACUACUUCGCAAGAUACCCCAACCACAGAUGCUACGACAAUACCAGAGCAGCCAAUACUCCUGGAAGCAUCCUCUGGAAACACUACUGAAGCCGAAAGUAGUGCACCUGACGAAUAUUCCGCCCAACCAGCCGCUGGGGAAACUAUGACUGAGGAGCCGCUACAGCUUGAAGAAGUGGUGCCCCCUGCCGAUGCCCCAAUCGACCCGCCUCGUCCCGUAGCCGUCGAUGAAACCCCUCCUUUUCCCUCACCUACAGACUCAACAGACGAGUCACCAGAGUGGGUCGACAUAGAAGAAGACACAUCUGCUCCCAAUGAGGAAGAACUAAAAGAGAUUGAAGCGUCGAACGACAUCAGCGCCAGGGACGUCAAGUAUCAUGAGGAAUCGUUUUACGCCGAGGCGCCAGAAGACCCAGAACAACAACCAUCACAGAAGAUGCGCCUCACCUGGGUCAUCAAAGGUGUUCGGGGAACCAAAGAGAAACCCAACCGGGCACGGAUUAUGAAUUCACCGGCUGUGCUCGUGGGAGGCUUCUACUGGUAUCUCAAAUUCUUUCCACGAGGGAACAAUUCAUCUGCCUUGAGCGCAUAUGUCAGGUGCUCGAGAAGAGAACCGAAACCAGACGAAGAAGUCCCUGAAAACACUUUUUCGGUGGUAUAUGGAGCCCCAGAUGCCGAUCUUGGUGAACUGAAGCCCGCGGUGGACAUGUCCAUUCCUGCCACCAGUGUUUCUCUAGAGGCGGAAAUGAAAGUGACACAGGACGAGUCAGGCUCCGACGAGGCCUCAAAGAAGCCUUCCGAGAGCGAGGCUCUGCAGCACGACGAAUCUGCAAAUGCCUCAGCAGACGUAGAAGAAAGCUCGGCAGCCGCGGAAGACCAAGAAGAAGAUGCCGAGGAUUGGCGGGUUUCUGCUCAGAUCGGUAUCAUUAUCUACAAUCCAGAAGAGCCCCGAACCAAGUAUGACAUGGCUGCGUGUCACCAGUUCAACAAGCACAAUGACGAUUGGGGGUGGACAAACUUUCAUGGCCCUUGGUCAGAAAUCCACAAGCGCAGGCCUGGACAGCGACAGGCUCUUCUCCGAAAUGACACACUCGCUCUAGAUGCGUACAUUCGGAUCUUCAAUGAUCCUUCUCAAGCGUUAUGGUGGCACCACUGCGGCGCUGAAGAGCAAUGGGAUUCGGUUUCUCUUACCGGCUACCCAGCAAUGGGGACCAAACUAUACCACACUCCAGCAGUCGCCGGGAUCACAUCUUGGCUGUUACUCGCACCAUUCAGGAAGAUAUUUCAGGACUUAGAGACAGACGCCUACCGGAGAGAUUCCCACGUCCGACCUCAGUCACUCUGUUCCCAACUGCAGAUGGUGCUCUAUCUCAUGCGGAAGCAGAAAAAGGAUGAGAAGUUCGUGUCACUCGAAGCGGUCAUCGAGAUUAUGGACAAGCUUGACGAGUCCGGAACUGAUGUUGUCACGUUCUGGGAAGGUUUUCGGAGGUCGCUUGAGCUUGAACUUCAGACCGAUCCCAAUGCCCUUGAGCGGAUUGCUGAUAUCUUUGAUGGUAAAGCCAGCGGUGGGGACAAGCCCACGCGCACAUCACCAUUCCGCAUUCCUGUUGAAAAUGUUCCCAGCGUUCAAACCGGCCUGGAACGAACCUUUGGGCUAUCCACAGGUAAACAGUGCUUUCCAAAGUUUCUUACUAUCGAACUUGAACGGCAAAAGUUCGACACCACUGUCCGGGAAUGGAAGCUACUGUAUGACCGAGUACGACUGGAUGAAGAGCUUGAUCUAUCCCAAUGGUCUGCCGAACCCGAGACAUCGAAAUACACUCUCUAUGGUUUCAUUGUACAUGCCGAGGAGAGGAAUUCUGGUAAAUUCUACAGUAUACUCCGACCAGAUGGUCCUGGCACUAAAUGGCUUGCUUUUGAAGAUGGCACGGCGAAUCAGGUUAUUUCUUAUACCAAGCACAGAGUUCAGGAGUUUGAAGGUCUUGAAGGGGAUGCGCUCAGAGAAAACAAAGCACCGCGCCACACAGCAUAUAUUGCAAUGUAUAUCAGAACUGAUCUUCUCCAUGAUUUCUUACCUGGACGACUGGAACCCUAUGAGCUGUCACUUUGGUUGAAAAAUUGUCCUCAGGUGCGUGACUACGUGGAUAGCAAAGACGUAGAGCCUUACGAAGAAGAAACCAAAUCAGAAGUCCAGCUCGAAAUCUACGCUUCCCAAAGAGUUCGGAACCGACAUGGGUUGAUUGAUGCUCAAGAUUUGAAAGCCGCGCAGGAAGGGGACAGCAAUGGUCCACCGCAGUAUCUUACCGUGCCCUCGGAGACCACCUAUCAGGAACUGCGCCACAAGCUUGCAAAGUGGAAUGACAUUGACAAUGUUGAGAAAAUCAAGUUGUGGUCUAUGCAACCUCCAUCACCAGGGGCGCCUCUAAACUAUUCUUUUAAACGAAUCAGUAGACUUUACAAGACAGUUUGGGACAGGGACUGUGCGACUCGAUCCCUUUGCAUAUGGAUGCACGUGCUGAAGACGGAUGAAGAAGUCAAAUCUUUCGGGGAUCCAGAGCCACCCCUUGACCACGAUGUCUUUGAGAGGACAGCCAUGGAGCUAGAUGACCCAGAGCGGGCUGGGUCUGCCCCAGAAACGGCGCGCGAAGGGGAUGACACAGAGCAUGGGGCCGUUGAAAUGAUGGAACCACCAGAGUCGGACUCUUCACCCGCGGAAGGUAUGAUCCCGGCAGCAGACGAUUCCACGGGGAACGCGCAGUCAGGUACCAAUAGCACGACACAAUCCGCUGACACAGCGGAAGAUGCGCCUAACGCAGCAAACAGUACAGAAGAGGUCACAGACAUGGUCACCACAGCAGAGACGUCUACCGCAACCCCUGCAGCAAGUCUCGAGGCCACUGCUAUCACGGGCUCCGCCGAGGUUCUGGACAUGGUGCAGGCACAUACAGAGCAGGCCAACGAGACGCAGGCCCGAUCUCCUCCUGCUUCUCCUGUUCAGGCUCACGAGUCGGCUGCUGACACCUCCGCUGGCGCUUUGCCACCAGCUAUAGCCUCAGCUGAGGACGGAUCUCUAAUAGCAGCAACGAGUGGCCAAGAUCUUCCAGGCUUAGAUGUUACCGUCGAGGACAACAGGCAAGGCGAUACUCAGCCACAUAGCAUCCCCGCUGAUGCCAUGAAUGUUCCGCCUACUGCCAACACGACCAGUGCUCCCAUUGAGCCCCAGGAAGCACCUGCCACCGAGGUACCAGUGGCAGAGCAGCCAGCACUUGACAGUACCGAAGUACCUGCUCCACCUGCUCCGGCGGAUACCUCCAACGACGAUGCCCAAAGCGAUUCAAGUGAAGAUGAGGAGGUCAUAACCAUCCGACCAGUACCAUUCUACUAUGGUUUCAUCCAACUCUUCGAUGCUGACGGCCAGAACUUCAUCAUGCACGGGGAUUUCCUUAGUCAGGCAACCGACAACGUCAAAGAUUUUGUCCGGAAACAGCUUGGCUACGCUCCGGACAAGAAUUUCCUGGUAUGGCGACGCGGGAACGCUUAUCGUCUCACAUCCAUCCAACCCAACUCCACAUUCGAGGACAUUAGAGAUGACAGCGGCUACCGACAUGACGGUUCCAUCCUGGUGGUUGGGGAUGUCCUCUCUGACUCUGCCAAAUCCUCUUUAACCGCCAUGUCAUCCUUUACCACUCCCGAACCACUCUCUCACUACCUCUGGUUCUCCGCCCGCAACCACCCCGUCAAAGCCCACACUGGCCACAUCACCGUGUCCUCCUUCGGCCUAGACUACUAUUCUGGCCACCUCCUCAAGGGCCUCUACUCCGGCCUCGGCACCCACAUCACGCCCACCGGCCACUCUUACACGGGCCCCUUCCUCGCCGGCUCCCGCUCCACCAGCAAGGACCAUCCUGAGGGAACCUGCACCUACUCCAACGGCGACACGUACGCGGGCGGAUGGUCCAACGACGAGAAACACGGUCAGGGCGUGUUUGUCGAAAAGCGGACGGGAAACAAAUACGUUGGGGGUUUCCAGGAGGGGAAGCAGUGGGGUAAGGGUAUCACGUAUUGGGAGGUCGCGGACGAGGAAGGAGAGAUGUGUCAGAUCUGCUACGGCGAGGCGGUGGAUGCUUUGUUCUACGAUUGUGGGCAUGUGUGCACUUGUGUGGUCUGCGCGAAACAGGUCGAGAAUUGCCCGAUCUGUCGGAAGACGGUGAAGCAGGUGGUUAAGAUCUGGAAGGCUUGA